AUGGAUAUGAAUACAGAUCACCCAGACCUCAACAAGUUUUAUGCCAACCACCAGGAUCUCUGGGGCGGCAGUCGAAUGGAUGCCCUUGUCGGCCUGGUCGAAAGCAGUAUCCUGGAGCCCAAAGACCUCAUCAAGCGCGGCGAAGUCCCAGUCUCGUACAUCUUCGCCAUCGAGCCGACAAGUGACGACGAAAAUGUACAUAGAGCAUUUGAGUCUCUCAUGAGCGCCGCCGGCAUGAUUCGCUUCUUCGCCGCCGUCAACGAAGUAUCAGACUAUGACAACCAGAGUCGCAAAGAGACGUAUUCCAUUAAAAACCCGGACGAGGUUGCUCUGGCUUUUGAAGAGGCUGCCAAUGCGACCAUGACUUCGCUCACCAAGGCCCAAGUCGGAGCUGUUUACACAGUGGAAAGUACCCUGACAGAAUCCGUGUGUGUGAACAAAUCGCGUUCGGAACUUCGCCAAUAUGUCAUUGAACGCAUCCUUGCCGGUCUUCCAGAUGUCAGUAGCUCGGUCAUUAACAAGGUCAAUGAAGCCUUUACAGACUUCAUUCGCAAGAUAAGGCCGUUCCAGGUCGGCGAGGCGUCGGAGCCUUCCACCGUGAAUCACUGUGUCGUUGUUCACUACAUUGCCAUGAGUGACGAGACUGGGGACGCUGCGUCUCCGGUUCCACAGCCGAAGACACGUGUGGUGUAUUUUAAAUGCAAGGCUGGGGACUGGGAUCGUGCGAUGCAGAAGCCCGAAGGUUCCAAGAAGGAUGAAAAGAUACCUUUUGUCAUGGAAAUUUUAGUCCAGGAGAUGAGGCUGGACGAAGGGCUCUUCCGAAGACGAAAAAACAACUGGGUAACCAUGGCCAAAUUUAUUGCUGAGAACAAGGACGACGUCAAGGAGGUUGUCGAAAGUCAGGGUAUUGAAGGAUUUGGCAGGAAGACGGCAUUUGUGUUUGAGGCUUAG